CAGAAAACAACACGCAAUACCAACAAACGCGUUUGACGUGCGCUUCUCUUGACACCCAAUUCCUUAAUAUAAAUUGGUUAUAUAUUUUUCAUUAUCAAUUCCUAUUAACCAUUGAGAAAUUCUUCCUAUUAACCAUUGAGAAAGGACCACCGUUCUUUGCGGUAUUUUUUCUCUCUCUGACCAUGUAUGUAACAAAACCACUGUCACUUUUCCGGCAAGCCGGCACUGGAAGAGCCGAUGGGAACACGCUUUUCGACCCACCACCAGAGGGCCCUUUUUCCGGGUACCUCGUCUUGCAGGACAUUGACGAAGAUUCAGACAUGGAUGCCUGUUGUUGGAGUUGUGAAACUGAUAUCCGUCUGAAGAGCACUCCGUUCCCACAAAACAAACAGAUAAUCGUGAAAUUUACAGAGCGACAGGGAGGUGGCAAACAUAGCCACACAUAUACCUACAGAGAUCCUGCGUAUUUCAUCCCCGCUCUUGGCGAGCCCUUGUCGUCUGAUCUCUACUAUGUCGUGAAGGCGAAAGGGAAAAAUUCCGGCCUGGUGUGCACUUGUUCCCGGGAGGAAGACAAGACCUUAUUUCUAUUUGUAAAUGACAAGAAGCCCAUGCCCUUCAAUCACAAUAACAUAUAUCAAAGGAUGCAUGUAUACACCAAGAAGAAAAAUGAUAAACGUUUUAGAGCCAAAUCCUUGGCGCCAGAUGGUUACCCCCCACAGUUCCUCAGAAGGAAAGAAUGGAAAGCAUAUAUUUCAGAAUCAAAAGCUCUGAACUUAGAAGAAGCUCAUGGAAUGGAUGCAUCACUUCGUGCCGAAGUCCCUCCAUUCGAAUUCCCGAUCUCCCAAAAGGGCUCUUACCCUAUAGUUUUAGGGCAUUGGUAUUGUCCUUCGAUCUUCAUAGAGGAGAGAGGAGGGCUCGAAAAACCAGUUGAUAAAAUGAAACAGAGCAUGUAUUAUAGGGUAAGUUUGGAGCAACAAUGGGAAGAGAUUUACUGUUGUGAAGGUUUUGGAAGGGAAGAGGUGGGGGUUGACAGAUGUGUGAGAAAGGAAGAAGCCUUACUCAAUGGGAAGGAAGGGGUUCAAGAGAGAAGGGCGAAUGAGGGGGGGAUUGUAUGGUUUGAAGCUAGAGAGAGGAUGGGUCUUGAAGGAGGGUUAGUGGGUGUUGGGUUGAAUGAAGUUGUGAUGGAGAAGAUGAGAUGGGACCAAGCAAUUGUAGAGAGAGAAGGAGAUGGGAAGGAAGUUAGCGUGAGAAAGGUGUUUAAGAGUGAAAGUGAGGGAAUUUGGAAGUUUGGUUUGUAUGUGUUGGUGGAGAGGUAUGUGUUGAGGAGAUUGAAUGGGAGUUUGGUUUUCACUUAUGCAUUUAGACGCCCACAUCAACUGAGAGAGAAGUGGGAGUCACAGUGAGCUUGUUAAUGACAUUUAAUAAAUUUUAUCAGAUUGGUUCUUGUUUUAGGCAAUGCAAUGAACUUCCCUCAUCAAUUGAAGUUCUAAAUGUGGUCAAGCCGGUUGACCGCCCAAACCGGCCAAGGCUAGUGGCCGAGUAGCCCCGCCAGUUCAGGUUCGGCCCAGCCAGGUUUUGAACACUGGGUUCAAAGCAUUUGAUAUAUUAUUUGAACAUUUGUUUUAUUCAUGCAUCUGUCUCUUGAAAGUGAAUCUUUAUUCUAUUUAUCUUAUUUUUAAAUGUCCUUUUUCUUGAAUGCAAUAGUAAUACACAAAAAGGUAUAUUUACUUUUGGUACUA